CACACUCUGCCUCACACACACACAAGAGGCUGCGCGAGAGAGCGCCGCAGUCGUUGCGUCACAGAGGACACGUAACGGGACUGCCUGAGUCUGACCGGAGGAGACAGACAGUCAGACUGGGGUUAGCGGGGACAGAGCAGAGACAGCAGGACCACUCUCACCGGAUACUGCCUGCACACAGAAGGCUUGUAACUAUUGAUUCCUGCGCAGUGUUAACACAGAAGACCAAAUACAGCCAUGGUGUUCAGAGGUACAAUAACAGAUGCUCCGGACUUUGAUCCCAGCGCUGAUGCCGAGGCCCUUUACAAUGCUAUGAAAGGCAUCGGGAGUGAUAAAGAGGCCAUAUUGGACCUGGUCACCUCGAGGAGCAACGCACAGAGGCAGGAAGUCAUUACAGCGUACAAAUGCAACUUUGGAAAGGACCUGAUUGAGGACCUGAAGUAUGAGCUCACAGGCAAAUUUGAGCGUCUCAUUGUCAGUCUGAUGAGAACCCCAGCCUACCAUGAUGCCAAAGAAAUCCAUGAUGCAGUCAAAGGAGCUGGAACAAACGAGAGAUGCCUUAUUGAAGUCAUGGCAUCUCGGAACAACAAACAGAUGCAUGAGAUGGUUGCAGCAUACAAGGACGCCUAUGGCAGUGACAUGGAGGAGGAUAUCAUCAUGGACACGUCGGGUCACUUUAAGAAGAUGCUGGUUGUUUUACUUCAGGGGACCAGAGAUGAGUCAGGAGUGGUGAACGCAGACCUGGUGGAGCAGGAUGCACAAGAUCUGUAUGCAGCAGGAGAAGAGCAGUGGGGGACUGACGAGGCCAAAUUUAUCAUGAUCCUGGGAAACCGUAGUGUGACCCACCUCAACAUGGUUUUCGAUGCAUUCGAGAAGAUUGCAGAGAUGUCCAUUGAGGACAGCAUAAAGAAUGAGAUGUCUGGGGACUUUGAGAGGCUGAUGCUGGCUGUUGUCCAGUGCAUAAGGAGUGUUCCCAUGUUCUUUGCCAAGCACCUUUACAAGUCAAUGAAGGGUCUCGGCACAGCUGACAACACCCUGAUCAGGAUCAUGAUCUCUCGCUCUGAAAUAGACAUGUUGGACAUUCGGGAGUGUUUCCGUUUAAGAUAUGAGAAGUCACUUUAUAACAUGAUUAAAGAUGACACAUCAGGGGAUUACAAGAGGACUCUGCUGAAUCUGUGUGGAGGAGAUGAUGACUUAGCUGGAGAGUUCUUCCCUGAAGCUGCUCAGAUAGCCUACAAGAUGUGGGAAUUAAGUGCCAUGACCAAAGUCCAGCUGAGGCCAACAGUCCGCCCCGCACCCAGUUUUGACCCUGCUGCUGAUGCACAAGCGCUGAGGAAAGCUAUGAAGGGAUUUGGAACAGACGAAGAUGCAAUCAUUGACAUUGUUACACACAGAAGCAACGCUCAGAGGCAAGAGAUCAGACAGGCCUUCAAAUCCCUACUGGGAAGGGAUCUGAUGAAGGACCUGAAGUCUGAGCUGUCAAAGAACUUGGAGAGGCUGAUCAUUGGGCUCAUGUUGACCCCUGCAGAGUUCGAUGCCAAAAUGAUGAGGAAGGCAAUGGAGGGGGCUGGGACAGAUGAACACGCUCUGAUCGAGAUCCUGGUCACCAGGAGCAAUGAGGAAAUACUUGCCAUGAACGAAGCUUAUCAGAAUGCCUAUAAGAAGUCGUUGGAGGAAGCCAUUCAGUCAGACACAUCAGGCCACUUCUGCCGCAUCCUUGUUUCUCUCGUGCAGGGUGCAAGAGAGGAGGGACCUGCAGAUGCGGAAAGAGCAAAUGCAGAUGCUCAGGAACUUGCCGACGCGUGCAAUGCCGACUCUGAUGAAAUGGAGAUGAAGUUCAUGAGUAUUCUGUGCACCAGAAGCUUUCCUCAUCUUAGGAGAGUGUUCCAGGAGUUUGUCAGAUGCACCAACAAGGACAUUGAACAGAUUAUCAAGAAGGAGAUGUCAGGAGAUGUCAAAAAUUCCUUUUAUGCAAUAGUUCGCAGUGUAAAGAACCAGCCCUCUUAUUUUGCAGACCGUCUGUACAAAGCCAUGAAGGGCCUUGGUACAGACGACAGAGCGCUGAUUCGCAUCAUGGUGUCCCGUAGCGAGGUCGACCUUUUCAACAUUCGUAAAGAGUUUAAGGAAACACAUGACGCCACCCUACAUGAAUUCAUCCAGGUAGAAACUAUGAUUGGCGAUACCUCGGGAGACUACCGUAAAACGCUGCUGAUACUCUGCGGAGGGGAGGAUUAAACUCAUCAAGUCUCUGCAGCUCCGUUCACAGACUUCAGCAAAAAAAAAAACACGAGACGAGCCUGAUCACAGAGUGAAACUGCAGUGGUUAACGCCAGUAUCUAUCGUCCGUGUCCCUAAACUGCUGCCGUCCCUCAGCCAAACCAAGUGACCUAUGACCUCCCAGCCUUCAAAGCCAUUUUUCUGCUCUCGUGUCUGAUUGUCCUGUCCAUCAGGAUGUCUUUCUUUUUCUUUCUUUUCUUUUUUUUACAGAGUCAAUUACAACAUGAAGAUGUUCACGUCAGUGUAGAAAGGUGCGCCACAUGUACAGCAUAUUGGAAAUGUUGAACAGUGCCUUCAGAUUGCAGGCUGUCCAAUGAUUACUGUCAUUUUAAGGUAUCAUAUAGACCGAAAUAAAAAUGAGUACACACACACAAA